CAUUGGUAUUGAACAAACCGAAUCGAAUUUUUUAGUAAAUAAAUAGCACAGUUGAUAUCUAACAAUCGGUAACACAAUUUGUGUUACCGAUAAUAAUAAUAAACCGUUGUAACGGCAGAAGUAGCUCGCCCUUUAAUACUCAAUGGGACAUAAGUUUGACAUAAUCUUCAGUCAAACAUAGAUAGUGUAAUUUAAGCAUAACCAUAUUUAAUUUGGAUGCAUAAGAAAAUUUGAAGGAUAUAAUGAAUGAAUGGAAGAAAAUAAUAAUAAUAAGAAAUAAAUAAAAUGAAAUAAAAUGAAUAUAAAUUUCAUCAUUUCAUUAUAAGUUUUGUAACUAUGCUAACGUAUGCUAGACCAGACAAACAGAAACAGGAGAAAAACAAAUCUUGGAUUUCAAUAUUUAUUCUGCGUCUGAAUUUUCUAAUUCUGAAUAAUCGAAACGUCUCGCUCUAUAUUACGCAAAUUCCAAAUCGGAGAAGUAACUAUCAAGACGGGGUCGUUAGAGGGGGAGUGACUUAUCAAGAGGAGGAGAAAUUUAUCUGGAGGAGAAGGGGUGGAGCGACUUAUCUGGAGGAGGAGAAAUUUGUCAAGAAGUGGAGCGAAAGGUGAAGUAGCUUAUCGAGUAGAGCAUUGCAAAUCGCUAAGUGGCUUAUCGACAGGUACGUAACCUACGUUUAUUGAGUUGGUGUUGCCCUUAGUUAGUGGGUAAAUCAUGCCUCGAAAACUAAGUAUGAAAGAAAGGAUGCGGAGAAAAAGGAAACACGAAGAGUUCCGUCGUUCUGAACCAGAAAAAAACUCUAUCUCGAAGAAAUUACACAGGAUGGAUGCAGAUAUGCGACAACAAGAGCAAGAAAGGGACGCCGCAGCUCACGCUGAACUUAGGAAGAUUGACAUCUACCGAGAAGAAGAAAAAGAGCGGGACAGGAUAAGCCAUGCUUCCCGCCGAGAAAAUGAGACUUAUCGCGAAGUGGAAAAAGAGCGGAAUCGGGUGGAACAUGUUUCCCGCCGAGAAAAUGAGUCUUACCGCGAAGUGGAAAAAGAGCGGGAUCGGGUGGAACAUGUUUCCCGCCGAGAAAAUGAGUCUUACCGCGAAGUGGAAAAAGAGCGGGAUCGGGUGGAACAUGCUUCCCGCCGAGAAAAUGAGUCUUAUCGCGAAGUGGAAAAAGAGCGGAAUCGGGUGGAACAUGUUUCCCGCCGAGAAAAUGAGUCUUACCGCGAAGUGGAAAAAGAGCGGGAUCGGGUGGAACAUGCUUCCCGCCGAGAAAAUGAGACUUACCGCGAAGUGGAAAAAGAGCGGGAUCGGGUGGAACAUGCUUCCCGCCGAGAUAGUUCAAUGGGCACAGAAAAAUGUUAGGAUUUGUAUGUUAUACCGUAGUCCCCAGUAUCGUGCGACAGCUUUUUUAAAGGACGUCUCAGAUCUUUUGAGUGGCAAAAAAGGCACCCCGAUGAUCGUCUUUGGUGACUUUAAUCUAAAUUUCAUGACCAAAGAUGGAUUCCAAAUGAGGCAAAUUUUCACCAAAAUGGGCUUCAGAUUAAUAACUCCCUCCGAAAAUAGUACCGACGGAAAUACAUGUAUCGAUGCAUGUUUUUCAAAUGUAUUUGGUGUGUCCGCUUUUUUCUAUGAAAGUUAUUUCAGCUACCAUAAGCCAAUUUGUGUGACAUGGCCAGAUGACAUACAUAUAUUGCCAUCACAUGUGGAAUCAGAAAGUUGUCCACAAGAAGCAGAACCAAUGGAAGUAAGUUUGAGCGAAAGUGGUAUAGGGCACAAUACUGAACAGUCGGAAAUGGACGUACAAAUAGAUAACGAAGAUUUAUCUGCAGACAAUGUACUUUGCGAGCAAUCACUUUCAAUUCAUCUCGGUAUUCCAAAUUUAGGAAACACGUGCUAUAUUAACGCAAUUCUUCACUUAAUAUAUGAGUCUGUAUCCAUCCAAGACUUCCUGAAAGUUAGUCGAGACCGUCUAUCUCUUUGUCUAAGAGGUUUCUUUCACGCGUUACUCACCCCAGUUCCACUUUGUCAACUAAGAACUACUAGGCAAGAGUUAGUUGCAUGCAUGCCUUCAUAUCCAAUUGGAAUGCAGGAUGACCCUCAUCUAUUUCUUCUUGACCUACUACAGAACUUAAGCAACUCAGGGAUGUCUCUGGAAGAAUAUGUUGCGACGCUAGUAACCGAAGUUACGUGUUCUUGUGGGAUUAAAAGCACGAGAAACGAAUCAUGUACUUCUCUGUCGAUCGGAAGGACAGCAACGAAUUUACAGGAUUGCAUCAUAAAUCAUUUCAUCGGGGAACAAGAAUAUCUCUGUGAGACAUGCAAAUCGGCAGGAUUAGCAAAUUUCAAUUCCAAAUUAGUAUUGGCACCACGGGCUUUGUUCGUUAAUCUAAAAAUUUUCACAAAUCGAGGCACAAAAAUUCUAGAAAAGUCAUUUGCAUCGGAUAUUCUUAUGUUGCCCGGCUCAGAUAAUGCUUACGCCUUGAC